GCUGGCUCCCGCCCCGCUCCCGCCACCAGGCGGUCUUUUCUCAGCCUACCGAGUGGCGAUCCAGUCAGGCUCCUGCUGCUCCUGAGUGGCGAAGGUGGAGGGCCACUGCCGCAGGAGAAAACCCUAUUGGAGAUGAUGCUUGUAUGAUUCUAAGCAGAAGUGACAGAAUGUCAGCCCUCAACUGGAAGCCCUUUGUCUAUGGAGGGCUGGCCUCCAUCACAGCCGAAUGCGGCACAUUUCCAAUCGAUUUAACCAAGACACGGCUCCAGAUUCAAGGCCAGAGCAAUGACGCAAACUUUAGAGAAGUCAGGUAUCGAGGAAUGUUGCAUGCCUUAGUGAGGAUAGGCAGAGAAGAAGGGCUGAAGGCACUGUAUUCAGGGAUUGCCCCUGCAAUGUUACGCCAGGCUUCCUAUGGCACCAUCAAGAUUGGCACUUACCAAAGCUUAAAGCGAUUGUUCGUUGAACGCCCUGAAGGUGAGUGGGUGCUCAUUAAGGUGUUCUGUGGUGGUGGUGGUGGGGAAUGUGCUAGUUAUUUUCCUUUUCAUGCUGAUCUUUAAAAUAAUCUCUAGAUACGAAUGCAAGCACAAAAUAGCACCAUUCAAGGAGGAAUGAUAGGCAACUUCAUUAACAUUUACCAGCAGGAAGGGACAAGAGGACUCUGGAAGGGAGUGUCCCUUACAGCUCAAAGAGCUGCUAUUGUUGUUGGUGUGGAACUGCCGGUCUAUGACAUCACCAAAAAGCAUCUGAUUCUCUCAGGCCUGAUGGGAGACACUGUAUAUACCCACUUCCUCUCAAGCUUCACCUGUGGUCUAGUGGGGGCACUGGCCUCAAAUCCUGUUGAUGUUGUGAGAACCCGUAUGAUGAAUCAAAGAGUCCUUCGAGAUGGCAGAUGCUCUGGCUACACAGGUACCCUGGAUUGCUUGUUACAGACGUGGAAGAACGAAGGUUUUUUUGCUCUCUAUAAAGGAUUUUGGCCAAAUUGGUUGAGGCUUGGUCCUUGGAAUAUCAUUUUUUUUGUGACGUAUGAACAGCUGAAGAAAUUGGACUUGUGACAAGUCAAGGCUGCAUGAGACGCCCCUCUGAAAAUGCUGACUUCUACAACAGUAGAGCUUUGGCAUUUCUCUGUGCUUCUCACUACUUGGCUCAUCACAGAUUCUGGGAUGGGAGCAACAGAUGAAGAUUGGGAUUAGUUCAGAUUGCUGUGUGUUGCCAUCAGACACCUUUCAUCCACGUUUAAUGGCCAAAACUUGAACAUCCCAACACGAGUCCUUACCAUUGAAGUGCCCUUUGACAUCCAACAUAAUAUAUGAAAUGCAUGUUUCUUACUAAAGAAAACCAGGAGUGGAUACUGUUUCUUUCAGGGAGAAUAGCUCCUGAUGUCUCCCAGCUGACAGCUGCAAAUAAUCAGACUGCUCUAACAAGUUCAUAGAAACCAUGUAAUGGAACGUCCAAGAGGGUGUUACUGUUCCUGAACAGCUGGGAGCUUUUGCUUCUUGUCAGCUGAAGACAUUUUGUUCAUGGAAACUUGGACUUUUUAAGCCCAGGUAUAGACAGUGCAGGGAGUAGAUCCUUUCACUGCUGUAUAAUUUCCCUUGUCAGGAUCUCUCACUUAUAAUAAGUGAUUUUAAGCCUCUGAAGAUUUGACCUUUGUGAGGAAUUAUUAGUGUAUUAAUACCUAAGUUGAUGGUGGUGUGAGGUAUUGACUUCGAAGGUUACAGUAUGUUGGUGGGAGAUGUUUUCAAGCAGCUUGGCUUCUGUUUUAGGCAAUGUUAAUGCUCUAUGAGUUUUAGCAAAGCUUGUCAUUUUCCAGUCUGUAAAAUGGGGAUAGUAACAUCUAUUAAUGUAGGGAUCAAAUAAAAAAAUAGAAGGCAGAGCUUGGCAUGGUGUCCACGCUUAUAAUUUUAAUACUGAAAGGCUGAGGCAGGAGGACUGCAAGUUCAAGCCCAACCUGGGCACCCUCCCCCACAAAAAAAAAAACAAGGGGUGCUCUGUGACUUGAAGAGUGUGUUUCUAUCAUUUUUACAGUUGUAAUCCCUAAAUAGUCUGCAUAGAUAGGAGCAAGUUGUAUUAUCAUGGUCUUCUUACAGAAAUUGUGAGUGAAGCCCUUUCUUAAAGGCCUUGUUAAAGAAAAAACGCUCUGUAAGUGAAGGUUUUAAUAACAUUGUGAAAGUUUUAAUAACAUUUUCCUUCACAAACUGUUGCUAAUGAAGAGUUGUUUCCCAGAUUUCUAGCUUUUACUUUAGUUUAUGUUUUGUCUGUUAAUGUUUCCUGUCUUGGAUACCCUAGUUGGUUUGGUAUAAAAUACUUGCUUGAAAUUAUUAUUAUUUGGCUUUUUGAGCCAAGGUCUCAUUAUGUAGUUCAGGCUGGGCUUGAACUUGGGCCAAUCCUCCUGCCUCAAUCUUCCAAGUGGUGGAAUUACAGGAAUGUGCCACUGUGCUUAGCUUUGCUUGAAAUUUUAAAAGUUUUUUUUUUUUUCAGUGGUAGGAAUGGAACCCAGGGCCUUAUGCAUGCUAGGUAAGCACCCUACCAACUGAGCUAUACUCCCAGCCCAUUUCUUUAGUGCAUCUGUUUAUCUAAUUUCUGAUAAAAGGUAUAUGUUUUUCUUGUUUAUUGUCUUCUAAUGAUGUGGCAAAUCAUUUUCCUUCCUUCUUGUCUUCAUCUUAUUCUUUUCAAAGCAAAGGUUGUCUCCAAGAGCCCCAAGAACUUUCUAUUUCUAGAUGUCAUCCCAGGAAAGUGAAUAUAUUUACUUGGGUCCCUUCAAGGAUAAUCUUUGAGAACCUGCUUCCAGGCAGGCCACUUACAUAUAAUAUGUGUCAGCCAGAUCAAUUCCUAGUUUGUGUAGGCCCUGGGACUUCCUCCUCCUUGAGAGUCUUUGUGCAUCAGGCAAUUUUCUUCACAGCCAUUUUCACUUUGUCUUCUUUAUUAAUAUUUCCUUUGAAAAAAGAUCCUGUAAAGCAGAAUUUUAUUUCCAAAAAUAAGCUAAGAUAUCACAAAGAAGAAAGGUCAUUGGUGGUAUUAAUCACCUAAGGAGUAAAAAGUUUCCAUCUCCCUGGCUGGCACUAGAUGGCAGUAGAUGACCUCUGAGGUCCUGCAGGGCUCCCUCCUGGUACUGAACCUUAUGUGAAGAGAUGUUUUUCUUCUUAUCAGAACAUUCCAUGGAUGUGAUAACUUUCUGUAGAGAGGCUUCCACUGAGUUGAAAGAAUUGCUUUUUUUGAACCACUCUUUUUAUUGUAGAAAACAUUUAAAAAAGUACACACUUGAUUUCUAACAUAGAAGCAAGUUCAUUUUGAAGUCCAUAUGAAGAGAGAAUAUCAGACAAUCUUUAUUAUUUUUAGUUUUAGAGUACAUACAGGUCCAUAUCAGAAGACAAGAUAUUCAAACUUCACUGUAAAACUUCUGUUUUAAGACAAAGAUAUAAUGUUUUAAGACAAAAUAUGUUGUAGAUUUAUUGUAAGUGCCUUAUAGAACAGGAUCUUAACCUGCUUUUACUGUCUCCUGAAGGAGUUAGUGCAAUUGUUGAUGCUUCUAACCAAGAAACAACUUGAGGAAUUGCGAGACUUGUUCCUCUUGUUUUCAGAGGAAAACUUCAGGAACUGGGAGGCUUGCUCCUGUUAUUUUAGGGGCAUGGCUACCAGCCCCUCACCUCGAAAUAUUGCUGAAAUAUGAAAAAGGUUUUCUAGUGUUUAUAACUAAUUUGAAGAAAUUAGUUUGCUUUUGUUUGCUUGUGGAUUUGUGUGAUCAUUGAUGCUAAAUGUUGCUGAUCCAUAAUAUAAAAUAUGGCUCCUGUUCACCAUAUUUAUUCAUGUGUUAGAAAUAGUAUACAUUAUAUAAAGAGAAUACAUUUUUCUUAAGUCUCCAUAUUUUGGGCUGUUUAUUUAAACAUUAGUGGAAUAUGUGAUGUAAACCUUGUUUCACUUACUUAAUAAACUAUAAUAUAUAAUAUAUAAA